AACGUUCGCUUGAAUCACGCCGGAUGGACAAUUUAACUUUCAAUUUCGGUUUAACUCAGGAAAACAUGGAGUCCGUGUGACGCAGAAGUUAUUUGGUGAGAACAAACGAGUGAACUGGUGAAAAACAGAAUUUUCCAACAAGGGAACGUCGUUAAACUCCUCGACUGAAGGUUUCGGUUUUCGUCUGGCGCCGCCUUUUCUCUCCUCUCUCCUCGGCUUCCAGGCAGGUACAGUCCGUGUCGUCGGUACCGGAUCUCUGCGUCGACAUGUUGGGAGACACGGGGCCUGAGUGGUUGUCUGAGGAGGUGAAAACCGGAACAACCAUCAUCGCCAUAGAGUUCAAUGGAGGAGUCGUGCUGGGGUCUGACUCCCGCGUGUCUGCGGGAGAAUCAGUGGUGAACAGGGUGAUGAACAAACUGUCUCCCCUCCAUGACAAGAUCUACUGUGCUCUGUCAGGAUCUGCAGCAGACGCUCAGACCAUUGCAGAGAUCGUCAACUACCAGCUGGAUGUCCACAGUAUUGAGAUAGGUGACGACCCCCAGGUUCGCUCAGCUGCCACUCUGGUCCGGAACGUCUCGUACAAGUACAAGGAGGAGCUGUCAGCGCAUCUGAUCGUGGCCGGCUGGGACAGAAGAGAAGGUGGACAGGUGUUUGCAACCCUCAACGGUCUCCUGACAAGGCAGCCAUUUGCAAUUGGUGGCUCUGGCAGCUUUUACGUUUACGGGUUUGUUGAUGCGGAGUUUCGCCGGGGAAUGAGCAGGGAGGAGUGCCAGCAGUUUGUCGCCAACACUCUCUCUUUGGCAAUGAACCGUGACGGCUCCAGCGGCGGCGUGGCCUUCAUCGUCACCAUCGACGAACACGGCACGGAGGAGAAAGUCAUCCUAGGAAAUGACUUACCCACCUUCAAUCAGUGAUCAACAUAUUGAAUUAUAGAUUUAGGUAUUUGUUUUGCCCCUGACAACAUUGACUCAUUUUACUCACCCUGCUUGUAUCAAAAUGCAAAAUGAAAUAAAUAUCUGGUCACUGGACCCAGCUGAAAGUUUUUGGGAAAUACACAAUGUUCUUGAACAUUUCUGAAAUGCUGUAUAUUCAGUGAUGUGUGUCUUUGCUCAAAGCUUUAGAUCUGACAGUAAACAAGAAAUGAUUUAAAUGUUCACCCACUGAAUCAGGAAUGAGACUGGACAUGAGUCAAAGCCUUAAAUAAACUUUACAUGUGAUUUAAA